AUGGACAUGGAAGUCCGCCUCACCUUCCCCCCAGCGCCUGCGGGCGAACCAAACCCACUAGCGGCGCUGCGGGCCUUCGCGCGGGAGGUCGACGGGGUGCGUGUCGUCGCGGGAAGGAAGGAGGUGCGGGUCUCGCUCGACUGGGGUGGGAAAGACCACGAGGAGUCCGACGCCGCCUUCGACGCCUUCCUCGCCUGUCUCGCGCCGCCAGUGUCCUUCAGCUUGUCCUUCCCGUCCCACUCUGCGGCAACGCGACACCUCUUCCGCCGCCCGCCGCUCGGCGGCCUGCGCACCGCCGCGCUCCGCACACUGACCGUACAGGACAUACUCGAGGUGCCGUCCGCGUGGGAGCUCCUCGCGUCGAGCGGCGUGACGACGGCGCGUACCUCGCUCUGCGGGUUCACGGACGGCGACUACGCUCAAACCGCGGCGCGGCUGGCGGCCAACACGACGCUGACGACAUUCUGCGUCGAUCCUGGGUGCUCCGUUCUGCGCUCCUGCCAGUGCUGGAGCUGGGUGCGUGUGAGUCGAUCAGCAGAAGAGGGGGAGGAAGGCGUCCACGCGCUGGGGAGCCUGCUCGCGCGCAACCGCCGCCUCCGCUUGCGCUGCCACGCCGCCUUCGCCCAAGCACUCCUGCCCGCGCGCGUGCUCCUCCUUGCCGCUGCUAGCCCCAUCGCCGAGACACAGCGAUACCGCGAAGUCGUGCGAGCCGCCAAGGUCCGUCUCGCGUCGCGCAGUCGCAGUCGUUCGAGAAGACGUGGGCCACUGCUGCGCGUCGCGACGACGACACACACGCCCCACCUCUCGCCAGAGUGGUCACCUACGCCCCCGGCCCGUCAACCCCCAGCGACGACGACGUUCCUCUCCCUUCCUCCCGAGGUCGUCCACCUCAUCCUGCAAUACGUCUCGGAUGACCCCAUGGCACUGAGCCCAGCCCAGUGGGGCCGCCUGUUCGAGCAUGCUGCGGACCGCUCCAGUCUGGCGCAACUUGCUACAGCCGCCAACACCACCAAUGCCAUCGCCGCCGCCAACCGCCCCUCGUUUGCAAGACUCAUGAGCCGUUGGCUCGACACCGGUGGGUUCGUGUGGGAGCAGGGCAUCCCUCGCUAG